UUUUUUGGGAGACUUUGCCGGUCCCAAGCCCGGAUAAAGGAGGAGGGUAAUUUAGCUACUUCUAGCGCCUUUUGGGACAUCCAAUAGCUACUUUCCUUAGUGAGGAGUUGGCAACACACAGUGCAAAAAGUUAGUCCGCAACUAACACAAUAGUGAACAUGGAGAACAAAAUGCCACUGCACUGCAUCGGUUUUAAACCUUUGGAACAAGGUGAGACUAUCAACACCAAAAGGCCACUUUACAGAAUUUGUGCGAGAAUGGUGCCAAAAUAAAAAUUCAAACACGACAAACUUGCAUUACCACUUGAAACAUAACCACAUGACUCAGUAUUUCAAACUGCUCAAGUAUGUGCACAUGAAGAUGCAGAACCUUUGUCACAACAGUUCACAUUUCCUGAGGAAUGACAGUGCAAGCAAAAUAGUGUGCGCUCACAUACGUGUGGUCUCUUCAUCGCCAAAGACAUGUUGCCCGUUAAUGGAAAAAGUAGCAUUUUGAAAAAAGCUACAAAUGUCAUAGUCAUGUCAUGGUGGUGUUCCUCGCUCAGAAUCUGCCAGACUAAAGUUUUAUUGCAUAUGACCUGUUAAUACAUCUGCUUAUACUGUAGUGUUUAUAUUGUUGUUCUGCACUUUUGUUAACAAAAGUCCUCAUUUCAUUGUCAGUGAAGUAAUAUACAACUCUACCUCUGCCUACAUGUUCAAUAUUUUAAAACACUAUUGACAAUAUCGUUUAUCAGCUAUAAUUUGACGGUCAAUAUAUCGUCCAGCAAAAUUUGUUGUCGGCCCAGGCCUACCAGUGAAGAAACACAGGUGGAAGAAUGACAAGGAGGGAGUGAGCUGGCCUCAUAACAGUGAUAGCAUGACAAGUUAAUCAGAGGAAGAAAGGCCACAUCAUUCGAAUACACUUGAAAGCUGACCUUCGGUUCUUGAAAGGACGAUAGAAACGUUGCUAACGUUUUGGCAAUGAGUCCCCUAUGGAGGAGUCGCCACCGGAUAUGCUUCCAAACGGUCACAGGGACGAGCGCUCCCCGCAGAGCCACAAUGGAUUAAUCCAAUUCAAGUAUGACCAACAGGAAAACUCCAUUCUGAGGUUGCUGGAGGAGAACAAGCGGCACCAGGAUCUGAUCCUUGGUAUCUUCUCUGAGAAGGACAACAUGAAGGACCUGCUGAGGGAGCUGAAGGAGACUCGGGACAAACUCAUUCAGCAGGACCAGGCGGCUAAAGCUGGCCUCAUGCAAAUGCAGAAGGAGAUCACCCACUGCCUUGAACAGGAGCUGUCGGUCUUAACUGUGCAGGGAGUGGCGUACCCAGCAGUGAAGAUCAGCUCGGCACUGUUUGCCUGAAGGUCGCUUGCUCUCUCCAAUAGGCUGCACUGCACAUCUGAGAGGAUACCAAGUAGAUCACCCGUCAGCUUCAUCAACAAUAAUGCAACGGCACCAACAAGGACCAAACUACAUGCUCUUCUGUCAGAUAACGACCAGCAGGGGUCAGCCCAUCACCACAAUACAUAGUCUUGGCAAUUACUUUUGUAAAUAAACAUGUACUGCACCUAUCAGAAUAAAUACUCAAAUCAA